GUCGUGUCAACGCCCGGAUCUACUCUCUCCAAGAGACAGCUGUCAAACCUACCUCAGUGUGUGUGUUUGUGUGUGGACUGACACAGAGCAGAUAGUCCUGCUGUUAACUGCCUUGAGUCAUUUAUCAAGAGCGGCGAUUACGUGUCACUGAUACAGAGUGAGGCAUACUUCACCAGUUUUCACCAGUUUUGGAUGUGUGUUUUCUAAGAUAAGGCUUGGCCAAAGCAGAAAUUUGGAAGUAAGAAGCUAAAACCAUGUCUACUGAGGGGGACAGACAAUCUGUUUUACGCACCACAAAGGUUCGCACUGCACUGAAAGGAGACAGCAGCUGGAUCCAACGGUACAAUCAAUCUGGACUAGAGGAAGAGGAUGAUGAAAAGCCAUGGAUUGCAGAGGUGCGCGCCAGUCGGGUUAACAGCGACUUCAGUGACCCCGUAGCUGAUGACACACCUCCUAAACAAGACCCUCAACCAUCAUCGGGCACAGACAGUUCUAAAUCUGGAUACCUGAUCAGGGGUGUUUUCACGAAGACUGACACCAAGCCAGCUGCACAGUCCACUAACGGCUACAUUGGAACAUCUGGCUUUGACAAAAAGGCCUCUGACGGAUACAAGAAAAUAGCUACUCACGCUGUUCGCUCGAGUGUGGAGAAAACAGAGCCAUCUGAGCCACCGCUCAGUUCAGAAGAACAGGAGAGGAGGACAGAGGCAGCCAGCAAAAUACUAGACAGCUCAGCAAGAAGACAGAGAUCGUAUGUGCUGUCAGCUGCAAAGAAAUAUGAGUUCACUCCUGGGAAUAAUGACAGCUCUGCCUUGCCAGCCACAGCUUUUAUUGCUAAAAGGGUAGUUAUCAGUGACGAUGAUGACACUGGCUCCACCCCGGUAUCUCCUCCUAAACACAGCGUGGAAAUGAGUGUCGAUGAGCCGAAUCCAUCAGACUCCUCAGCUACAAAACCUGAAAAGAAACCAACAGUCAAAACAGAGCCCACGCCUAAACAAAGUAACACCCUCAAUGCUCUCUCUGACACCCUCCUGUCCACCCCAGAAUCCACCAGCAAGAAGCAAGUAACGUCUCCUGUUCCAGAGACUCAGAAAGUCUCUAAACCCAAGCCCAGUUCUACAACAAGCGUGAAUGAGACAAUUACUCAGGCCUCUUCAGUUGCUCCAGUUGCUACUUUAAAGAACUCUGCAACAACUGAAUCCAAGACAGAUCCAACUCCUAAACCAAGUACCGACCCAAAGCCAGUCAAGAACACCAGCAGCUUGAAUGAUAAAGAUCUUUUGGAUCUGACUGGGAGCACUUCACAGAAAAUAGUGGACCCCUUCCCAACCUCCACUGACCUGCUGGCAGGAGACUCUCUACCCAAAACAGAGAAGGCAAAAGUGUCUCUGGAUCUGCUUGCGGUUGAUAUUAUCCCCAUUGACACCAACACUGACAGACUAAGCACUGAUAAAACAAAUACCAGAAUUGAGAAAACACAGACUGUGGUUCAGACCAAGAAGGAUGUAAAGAGCACUCUACAGAAGUCUGUGGACCCAGUCCCCCCCACCACCACCACCGACCUGCUGACAGGAGGCUCUCUACCCAAAACAGAGAAGGCAAAAGUGUCUCUGGAUCUGCUUGCGGUUGAUAUUAUCCCCAUUGACACCAACACUGACAGACUAAGCACUGAUAAAACAAAUACCAGAAUUGAGAAAACACAGACUGUGGUUCAGACCAAGAAGGAUGUAAAGAGCUCUACUGAUCUAUUCGAUCCGAAUCCGAUAGUGAAAGAGUCCACAAAGAGCCCCGUAGAGCUCUUUGAUCCUCUUCUGUCCGACAGCAAUAACGAACAAAAGCAGACCGUUUCGGUCACAUUCGAGCAGAAGUCCUCUAAAUCUAGCUCGCCAUGGGACAAAUGGGCAGUUCCCACUAUAGACAACACAAUAGAGGACAGUGAGCCCAUGCCUGACCAAGAACCAACUGAUAUAAAUUCAGCCAGACCAGAAGAAAAGGAGCUGUAUCCUGAGGCUAAAAAGAAUUUAGUCUACAUCAAAUCAUAUUUGAACUCUGAGCCCUUUGGGUAUGGCACUAGCAGAUACGACAAUGACUAUGUGACCUCGAGCUCCAGCACUUAUGCAUACAGCAGCCCCUCCAGUGACUAUGUGACCUCCAGCUCCAGCACUUAUGCAUACAGCAGCCCCUCCAGCACUGCAAAUAUGACUGCCUGCACGUACUGUGGUAGUCUCGUAGGAAAUGACUCCAAGAUCACAAUUGACCACCUCAACAUCUCCUGCCACCCUGAGUGCUUCAAGUGCGGUGUCUGCAGCAAGCCGAUGGGCGAUUUCAUCCACAGCAUGUUUUUGCACCGUGGGACAGUCCUGUGUGAGAGCUGUUACUCUAAUGCGAAUUAAGACGAGGUUGUAUUGAUGUGCUUUCUGCUUGGUUACUAUGGCGAACUUUAAUACCAAUGUAACGCCUGAGGCUGUUUCAUUUCUUCUAAGAUGAUCUCUGUCUUUUUUGCCUCUAUCAGAACGUAAGUAAAUGCUGUUAGACUUCGUUUACAUUCCCAAAACUGUUCUUAUACUUUUGUCAUUGCUGUCAUCUGAUUGUGAAAACUGCCUUCAAAAUCAGGAUCAUGUACAUUUGUUUGUGUGGGUUUUCACUUUUCCUACUUUGUACUGGCCUUACUUCAUCUUUAAAUUUUGAAUAUUACAAAAAAUAUGAUUUGCUUUUCUGUGCAUUUUUAAGUGGAUGAAUAAACUUCUUAAAACUGUGAAUAAAUGUAGGGUUGUAUGAAUAAACGAGUUUGUUCCCA